AUGUCCAUGUUCCAGCCUCCCCCAAAACCCGGGUCUUUACUCGGCUAUCAUCGAAUUUUGUCACCCAAUGCGGCAGUCAAGGUAUCGCCCUUGUGCCUUGGCGGUAUCAGCAUAGGAAGCUCGUGGAGCUCUAUCUUUGGGAAGAAUGACGAUCCGAACGAGCUGUUGGACACAUACUUCGCCCUCGGGGGAAAUUUCAUUGAUACGUCCAAUGUCUACAACUCGGAAGACUCGGAGAAGCUGAUCGGGGACUGGCUCGAGUUGCGCGGCACUAGAGAUCAGAUGGUCAUCGCUACCAAGUACACGGCUGGAUUUCGCUCUUAUAAUCGAGCGAACGAACCUCUGCAGAGCAAUUUCACAGGAAAUUCAGUUAAAAGCAUGCAUAUUUCUGUGCGCGAAAGCCUAAAGAAGCUCAAGACUGACUACAUCGAUAUUUUGUACGUUCAUUGGUGGGACUUUGGCACCUCGGUGGAGGAAGUCAUGCGUGGGUUGCAUGCACACGUCAUGGCGAAGGAAGUUCUGUAUCUCGGGAUAUCAGAUACGCCCGCCUGGGUUGUUGUCAAGGCAAACGCAUACGCUCGGGCGAACGGUCUCACUCCCUUCUCGGUGUACCAGGGCCGUUGGAAUGCCGCGUACCGCGACAUGGAAGCCGAGCUUAUCCCGAUGUGUGAAGAUCAGGGCAUGGCCAUCAUGCCUUGGGCCGCUCUUGGAGGAGGACAGCUUCUUUCAGCUAAGCAGAGAGACCAAGUGGCCCGAGAUCCCGAGAUCCGGAAAGGUCAUGAGGCUCCUCCGGAUGUCGCAGUUUGCGAUGCUCUGGAGAAAAUAGCAAAGGAGAAGAAUACAACUCUACAGGCCAUCGCACUGGCUUACCUGUUUCAUCAAUCGACCUAUGUAUUCCCAAUUGUCGGUGUAAACACGGUCGAGCAUAUUCGAGCUAUGCCCGACGCUCUGCGAGUCCAGCUUACAAAGGAAGAUGUCGACGCCAUCCACGAAGCAUCUUCUUUCGAUCCCGGGUUCCCAAUGAGCUUCUUUUAUAGCUAUACGAGCCCGCAGAAAUAUGAUCUCGGGUUGACUCUCUCGCACAACCAACAGUACCAAAUGGCUGCUUGGGUUGAUGCUCCGCCAAAACCAUUGCCGUAUCGACCGCAUAGCGAGUGA